AGAGCGCCUCGUUCUCGUGUUUAGCGCUGAGGACUCGUCUACUCUACGGUGCUCAGGACAGCAGGGUAAUAAGCACGCAGCCUAGGUAGGAUACUAGAGUGCAUCAGCCAGCAGUGAUCAGGGCUGCUAUUGUGAUCAGGCGGACUCGGGGCAGACCUUCAGCGGGUUAAUGUUCACUCUGACCUGCGGCCGUCAGUGGCCGAGCGCUCUGACCAGACUAACCCGCUGUUACAGCCGCGCAGGGGAAAUGGCCGCAGACUGGCUGUCCUCCGCCGAGCGAGAGCAGUUCCUCCUGGAGCUCAAGGCCACCGGAUGGAUGGAGGUCGAGGACCGCGACGCUCUUCACAAGGAGCUGCACUUCAGAAGCUUUAACCAGGCGUUCGGCUUCAUGUGUCGAGUGGCUCUGCAAGCAGAGAAGAUGAACCAUCAUCCGGAGUGGUUCAAUGUUUAUAACAAGGUCCAGAUCACUUUAUCGACACAUGACUGUGGAGGACUGUCAAAGAAGGACAUUCGACUGGCCAAAUUCAUUGAUAAGGUGGCUCUGUCCCUGUAGCAGCUCUUCCUUCUGGAUUGUACAUUCAUUUUCAAUAUUUCAAAUCUUUUGUAUUGUAUUCCCAAAAAGGGAAAUAGGGAAAUGUGUUAAUUCACAUAGGUGUGUGUUUAAAAUCACUCUUCUUGAUCCAAUCUACAUGAUUAUGGUAAAUGCAUAUCAAACAGAUGAUGGAAUACUGUGAGUGUGGAUCCAUGUCAUAUUCAUUAAAUAUCUGAUACAAUUUCAAAUCAUUU